AUGCAGUUGUGUGUGCGAGGACAGAAAACCCUUUACAUAGAGUGCGAUGAGAACCAAACUAUUGGAGAAAUUAAGAAACGUCUCGCUAGUUUGGAAUCUUUCAAGAUAUCCGAAAUAAGUCUUUUCGCUGCCGGUGUACCAGUACUGGACGAUAGCUUGGUGUUAUCAUUCGGCGAUGUAGAUAUCGAAUUGACCGUAGGACUUCCUGGAGGCAAAGUUCACGGCUCUUUGGCUCGUGCUGGUAAAGUGAGAGGGCAGACACCGAAGGUUGAAAAGCAGAAGAAGAAAAAGAAGAAGACGGGGAGAGCGAAGAAAAGAGAACAGUAUAAUAAGCGAUUCAAUAAUGUAAUUACGUAUGGACCAAGAAGAGGGCCCAACUCAAAUGCUGAUCGUGCUCUACUGUGAAUUGUGUCGAUCAUGU